GCUCCUCUGACGUAUCCUGCGGACGCCGGCAACGUUUGUGCGGUGUUGACGUAGGACGCGUCCGGCAUCCGCUGGGUGAGAAGGAGAGACAGGCAUUCCUGUUCGAGUGGCGGAGGGCAGUCCCCGAUUACUUCGCUCACCUUCCUCGAGCAAGCGGAAAGGCGGCUGCAUUCCUCGGAACUGGUUGCCCAGUCAAUGCACUGCCGUCGUCUGCUGCGCUGAGACCGCACCGCCCGUCUCCCGGUCUUCGUCAGUCAGCUCCGAGGCAAGAAGGUGAAGCGAGGAUGACGCUCGUCGUGUACAACCAGUACGGCAGUCCGCCGUGCGGCUUUAUUCGCAUGCUGGCCAAGCACCUGGGCCUGGACGUCAAGCUGCACGACCUGAACCUACUCGAAGGGGAGCACCUCACUCCGGACUACCUCAAGCUGAAUCCUUUCCACAGAGUCCCUACAAUUGACGACAAUGGCUUCGUUCUGUACGAGAGCCUCGCCAUCUGCUCGUACCUGCUGGACGCGUACGGGGCCAAGUCGGACCUGAAGGUGGACUGCGUCAAGACCAGGGCUCGAGUGAACCAGGCGCUGGCGGUCAUCACGAGCACCGUUCAGCCGCACUACUUCAAGUUUUUCAAACCACGCUUCUUCGAACAGAAGAAGCCCACCAGCGCCGAGAUCGAGGAGCUCGAGAAAAACAUUCUGGGGGGACUACAACAGCUCCUCGGCGACGGCAAGUACGUGGUGGGAGACAAGCUGACCGUCGCCGACCUGGCCUUGGUGGCCCAUCUCACCUUGCCCGUCGAGCUUCUCGGGUUGUUCGACGCGAGCAAGUUCCCCAAACUCGCGUCGUACUACGAGCGUCUCAAAGCGGAGCUGCCCUACUUCGAGGAGAUCAACAGGCCCGGAAUUGUGCUGCUGGAGAAGCUCUGUCAAGACCUCAAAUAGAUUGUUGCUGGUGACAACUGCCCGGAGACCAUGCAGUAAAAUACGCUUAUCUUGAA